GUUUUGUCACCUAAUCGGCGAAUGGUGAAUCGGUGAUGGUGUUCGAGUCUGGUUCGAGUUAUUUGCCACGUAACUUCCGAGUUUCGUCACACUUGUGAGACUAUUUUAUUAUUAGAAUCCAACGUAAAGCACCGAAAAUUGCGCAUAGGAAAAAAAACAACGAGUGGGGAUACUCUGCCAUGGGUCCCGCUCAAGAUGACGUGGUGGAAGAGCAAAAUGAGCGUCUUGCCCAGGAACUAGCCGGAAAAGUAUCAAGACUAAAAAGUCUGGCAUUUGAAAUUGAACAUGAAACAAAGGAUCAAAAUAGCUUUUUAAAUGGAAUGGUUGAUGAUUUUGACAGCUCACACAGUCUUUUGGGGAAAAGCAUGGGAAGAGUCAAGAACAUUUUAAACAUGGGAAGCGGUAACAGAAAAACUAUGUGCUAUGUUGGGUUUCUCAUAUUUGCCUUUUUCAUUCUUGUUUACUACACAUCAUCUUUAUUUAGCAGACAUAACGUUUACUUUACGAUGCGUUCUGCUGUAGGCAGCAUCAGUAUACUCGGCAAAAUAUUUACUUACAGGAAUUCUCAAAUCUACUACAGGAAAAGUCAAACAUUUCCAUUGAUACGAUCAACACAUUCGCUUAAAAUGCAUCCCCAUAGUUAUCUCAACCAAUCCGACGCAAUUGCACUUGAUGUGGAGCUUUUCAACUAUUUUGGAGUCGAACAAUUAAUGGAACUAGCAGGAUUAAGUUGUGCAUCAGCAAUUGCAGAAGGAUUCCCAGAAUCCAAAAAUGUAUUGAUUGUUGUAGGUCCAGGGAAUAAUGGAGGAGAUGGACUUGUUUGUGCAAGACAUUUGAAAAUGUUUGGCUACUCUCCUGAAAUCUUCUAUCCCAAGCGUACAGCCAAGACUCUCUAUGAAAAUCUUACAAAGCAGUGUGAACUGUUUGAAAUCCCAUUUUUAACUGCAUGUCCAGUGACUGAAGACUUGAAUUCAAAAUACUCACUUGUUGUGGAUGCACUAUUUGGCUUUAGCUUCAAAGCUCCUGUUCGAAAGGAAUUCACUGAGAUUAUUGACAAUAUGCUACACAUGUGUACACCCUGCUGCAGUAUUGAUAUUCCCAGUGGCUGGGAUGUUGAAAAUGGGCCACUUGAUCAAGAUAAUUCCUUAAAGCCAGCCAUGCUUAUUUCUUUGUCUGCGCCAAAAUUGUGCGCAAGAUUUUUCCACGGGAUCCAUUAUUUAGGGGGCCGUUUCAUUGCUCCUGCAUUGGCUACGAAAUACAAACUAAAAUUACCAAAUUAUCCUUCAACGCAUAAUUGCGUAAGAUUAUAAUAUGUUUAUCAGCAGGGCCCAGCAGAGCCGUAAUAAAUACACGAUUUCAAAAGCAA